ACAAAAAACUGAACUGACAAAUGCAACAGUAAAAAAUUAGUUAAAAUAAUUAUGCAUAUAUAAACAACUACACACGUUCCUUAAAACUAAUGUUUUCCAAACGCAACUAAAUCAAACGAUAACGAUUAACAAAAGCAAAAUAUAAAAACAAAAUAAACGACACGUCGUGAAGCAACGGAAACAUCACCUCAUAAAGCAUAACCACAUAGGAAUUAUACAUACAUACGCACAUACUUACAUACAUACAUUCAUACAUACUACUUAUAUGCAUAACUUACAUACAUAUAUAUAUCCAAAAACGACACCGAUUUAAAUUAACUGCAGGGAAACAAUACGAUAAACCAGAACAGCAAACAAUUUUUAUUAUUAUUAUUAUUUAGUGCUAGUACAUAAAACGACCAGAGACUUUCAUUUGAUUAACAAAAAGAAGCUCAUCAAGUGAAGCAGCAACAAUUUGGAUAUUCUCGUCUCAUAAAGUGCAUUCGUCGUCGUCUACAGCCUGCAGCUUGGGUUCAUUCAUAUGUCGCUCAUCAACAUACACAACCGUUAGUUUAAUGCGUGUUUAUGAACAGGCGAAUUACUACGUGAAUCAGUUGAAGUCGUCGUGUUCGAUGUGGUCAUCGUAUUUGUACUCGUCAUUGUCAGAGAGAUGCACCAAAGUCUGUUUAGGAAGAUAGUAAACUGAGUACUGAAUACCAAUAACGGAACAGAGCUAACCCCCGCACAACACAAUAACACAUACGCACACACACUCAGACUCACACAUCGACAGACAGACACACCGACACACACACACACACACACAGACAGAUACGGACUGCAAAGAAAAGAAUCCUUUAAAGGAAAGUAAGCAAUAGCCAAAGAGAGCCUGAGUGUCGUAUGAAACAGCGAGCAACGCCAAAGUACAAAUGCUCACGAGCAACUAAGUAAAUCGAAAUUAUAAACAAAAGAAAACAUUCAACAAUUUAUAUAGGACAACCUUAGAGAGCAACAAACACUAACGGGAUCUAAGCAAUUUUUCGGCUAAAUAUAAAUAUAUAUAACGAUAAAAGAAGAAGAAGCAGCAACUUAAGGAACAGCAACACCAAAAAACAAAAUAAUUCAAUUGGAAUUAGUGGGUUAACCCCCAACUACUACUAUAUAAACAGGAUAAACCCUACCAUCGCACCACUGAAAGAUUUACGCACGUCACGGAGCGUAAGGCAGGGACUGCAGAACGCGUAAGCGUCCUUUAAUCCAGUUAGCAUGGAGUGCUGUUUAUCGGAAGAGGCCAAGGAACAAAAGCGGAUCAAUCAGGAAAUCGAGAAACAGCUGCGCCGUGACAAGCGAGAUGCGCGACGUGAACUUAAACUGCUCCUACUGGGCACGGGCGAGUCCGGCAAAUCAACGUUCAUCAAACAGAUGCGUAUUAUCCAUGGCAGUGGGUACUCGGACGAGGACAAACGCGGCUACAUUAAGCUGGUGUUCCAAAAUAUAUUCAUGGCCAUGCAGUCAAUGAUCAAAGCCAUGGAUAUGCUCAAAAUAUCAUACGGCGUCGGCGAGCAUAAUGGACUUGCUGAUCUGGUGAUGAGCAUUGACUAUGAAACAGUUACAACCUUUGAGGAUCCCUAUUUAAAUGCCAUAAAAACGCUGUGGUCCGAUGCUGGCAUACAGGAGUGCUACGAUCGCCGAAGAGAAUAUCAGUUGACCGAUUCCGCUAAAUAUUAUCUGAUGGAUCUCGAUCGUGUGGCUCAACCUGAUUAUUUACCCACUGAACAAGACAUUUUAAGAGUUCGUGUGCCGACAACGGGGAUCAUUGAGUAUCCCUUUGACUUAGAAGAGAUCAGAUUUAGCUAUCUUGACAAUUUAGAUCGCAUAAGCCAGAGUGAUUAUAUACCUUCUGUGCAGGAUAUAUUGCGAAGCCGAUCUCCGACAUCUGGAAUACUACAAUAUAGUUUUGAGUUGCCUCCACUUGUAUAUAGAAUGGUUGAUGUCGGCGGUCAGCGUUCGGAGCGAAGGAAGUGGAUUCAUUGCUUUGAGAAUGUUACCUCAAUAAUAUUUUUGGUAGCAUUAUCUGAAUACGAUCAAAUUUUGUUUGAAUCUGAUAAUGAGAACCGCAUGGAGGAAUCAAAAGCUUUAUUUAGAACUAUUAUUACAUACCCGUGGUUCCAAAAUUCAUCAGUAAUUCUAUUCCUUAACAAGAAGGAUUUGUUAGAGGAGAAAAUUAUGUAUUCGCAUUUGGUGGACUAUUUUCCUGAAUACGAUGGUCCACAGCGAGAUGCAAUAGCAGCCCGUGAAUUCAUACUGCGCAUGUUUGUAGACUUAAAUCCAGAUUCCGAAAAGAUUAUCUAUUCUCAUUUCACCUGUGCUACAGAUACUGAAAAUAUAAGGUUUGUGUUUGCAGCUGUAAAGGACACGAUUCUGCAAUCCAAUCUUAAGGAAUACAAUUUGGUCUAAACUGGAUUUGGAUCAGAAAACUAUUUUUGUGAUUUUUAUUAUACAUAUAUA